UGGUCUCUGUCUAGAGAGGGAGGCAGGAAAGACUGGGUCUAGCAGAGGGAUGGAGAUGGAGUGACGGGGAGAGGAGCCAACCAGAAAGCAGAGAACGGCGCAGCCACCAAUGAGCUUGGGCUGAUGCCAGCCGCGGCAGCCCGAGUCCCGUCCAGGGGUGCGGGCAAAUGAAGCACAUCUGGACAGUUGCGCGACUUUGCUUGAGGCUUGUUCGUUUCCCCUUGCUUAGUUUCCGACUUAUUCAGCUUUCUCUCCUUCUGGCCGUUUAGUGGCUUAUUGCCUUCCCCAAAGAAGAAAUCCGAAGAGUCAGAUUCAAAACUUUCCCCAGAGAAAUGGGACCAAGUACCUAAUUUUCUUGAGGUUUUUAGAGCAAUUGGAACAAAAAGCCAUCAACAAAAGCGCACCUCUUGUCUGGUUUUAAAUUGGCUAUUGCAACCAAGUAGUGAAGACUGAGUCGUAAAGAAACAGAAAAGCUAGAAUCAUAUUUUGUUCACUGGGCUAUCCUGUAAGCUGCCUGAGGAUAUGGGUCAUGGAGUUGUGACUGUCUCACACAACAAGCUAUUUUCAGCUCUUCGAAGGAGAAAAGCAGCAAGUUGAAAUCCACUUGGCAGGAAAAUUGAAGCAGAGACUCAAAGGAAAUAAGUGGAUUUUUUACAAGGAUUUUAUAAAUACCUACAAGGUUCUGCUGUGCUAGAAUACAAUGGGAAGUUUCAGAGGUCAUGCCCUCCCUGGGAGCUUUUUCCUUUUCUUCGGCUUUUGGUGGAGUGUGAAGUACAUAAUGAAAUAUGUCUGCAAAAAACACAAGAGGACCUGUUUCCUUGGAUCCAGAGCAGGAUUUCAACGUUUGGAAAUUAUUGAGGGCCUGAUCAAAGUCUCCAUGUCUUUAAUUGGCAUGACAGCAGAACAGUUUGUUCCUGAUGGACCCCACCUAAACUUAUACAAUUAUGAAGAGAAACACUGGGAUCACCUCAUGAGUUGGCAACACUCAACCAUGUAUUUCUUCUUUGGACUCUCAGGAUUGGUUGACAUCUUGUGCUUUACCAUCCAUGCACUGCCAGUUUCCUUAAGCAAGAUGAUGCUCUCAAAUGCCUUUUUUGUGGAAGGUUUUAUCUUCUAUUUCCACACCCAUGGCCGGGCCAUGCUAGACAUAUACAUCCAUCAGCUGCUUUUCCUGUCCAUCAUUGGUGCAGCAAUCUUUAUAUUCAUGGAAUUCUUCUUCCGGAGCAACAUAGUUCUAGAGCUCCUCCGAUCAAGCUUUGUCUUGCUUCAAGGAAGCUGGUUUUGGCAGAUUGCUUUUGUAUUGUAUCCUCCUAAUGGAGGCCCUGAAUGGAAUGAAGCGGAUCAUGGCAAUAUGCUGUUUCUGACCAUGUGCUUUUGCUGGCAUUACGCGUUCACCUUUUUCAUCCUGAGUAUGAAUUAUGCUUUUAUCACCUGGUUAAUUAGAUCAAAAAUUAAGAAGACCUUUCCUUCUGACAUGAGAUUGCUGAAAAAUGUUGAACGAGACCAAGAAUCAGAAGAAGAAAUAUAAUUUUGUUAGGUAUCCCUUCUUUUUACAGUUAGACUUCUUACCCUUAGGUUGAUAUCCAUAGACAUAGUUCAUCUAUGUUCGUGCUGUUUUUCUUGUUCUUCUUUAUGUGACUAGCCUUGUAAAGGGCAACCUCCAAGAUAGUUUAUCUUGUCCUUUUAUACAACUGAUCCUGUAAGGGUCUCCUCAUCAUCUUCAUCCAUCAUGCUGUAUUCUCUCACCUUGCUAAAGAAUUUACAUGUGGUAUUUUUAGGCCCAGGUGUACAUUUGGAGAAUGGUUCACUUUGCACUUUAAUCAUGGAAUUAGAGGAUUGAGUGGAUUUCCCUGACAAUUUAGUAGAUCCUCCUAAUGUUUGAUGUUGUAUGUGAAAAAAAGAUGCAAGUUAUUUUUCCUUGACAUGGGCUUAGAUUAUCUGAGUUAUAACUUUUAAAUAUUUGUAACUUAUUAAACAUAGGAUUUAGAGGAAGCAUGGAAUAGUGGAUUGUGUACUGGCCUUGUGACCUUGAACAAAGUACCUGGGUGCCAUAGGAAAUUCUCUAAGGCUGUGAUAGAUAGUGCUUGGUAGAGGGAGCUUCCUUACCUGAUAGUGUCCUAUACCAAUGAAAUCACAGGUGGUCCAGGCACAAUAUGCUGUCUUAAACUCACAAUUAACAUGCCUUCAUGCUAAUGGGUAAAUGUGUUUCAGAGCAGAGGCUUUGCAUCUUUCUUGCUAGUGAUCCUCCCAAUUUCUUAUCCGCAGUACUACUUGAUCUGGACAUCUGUUGGUGGUAGACUGGACUCAACAGAGAUAAUAUGACAUUUCCAAAUAACAACUGUACAGGCUGAUAAGUUUAAAUUUAUAUAUGUGAUUAAAAAUAUUUAGCCUA